CUAAGAAACGCGUGUUAGUGCUGGUCGGUUACGUACAAAAUGCGACGUAUUUCACGGAAAUAAUUAAUGAAAAUGAAUCGAGCACUAUUUAGUUUCGGUUUGCUAGGAUUCUUUAGUGUAUGCGGCCAAUACUUACAGUCGCCAUGUCCGACCUAUUUCGAUUAUAGGAGUGAUGGCAAUGGUAUUUAUGGGGUGAUCCAGCUGCUGUCUUCUGGUCCAGUAUCUUCAUUGACUGUGAAAGUCAAUUUUACAGUAGCUGCAAGACUAUCCUCUUCAUAUCCAGGAAGCAUCGUGCCCGUUGGCUUGGAGCAGCGUCUCCUGCAAGACUUUAACAGAGGAGUGCCGCUUCAGUACCGAGUCAACUUCCCGGUACAAUCUCCCAUACCGAAGCUCAAGGCACUUACAGUGAACGAUAACGUCUUGUGUUAUGGAUCUGGAGACGCACUACACCAGGGUACGUACAUUACAACGUUAAGUCUUCAGCACGUGCUCUUCUACCAAUCUGACACAAAUGGAGUAUACCCGGCGCAUAACCAUCGUCCAACUGAAGGCCCGGAUAUUGUGUAUGUAAUUGAGACGCCAUCAAAUUCGCUGCACAACCCGAACAAUAUCAACAGCUAUAUCGACAAAAACAACGAACAUACCAGCAAGCCUGAUCCUCCUCCUGAAAGGCAAACUACAAAAGUUCCUGCAAUUGGACCUACGACUAUUAGGCCAACUACUGCAAUGCCUCGAACUACAUUACCUCCAGUACCUAUAUUUGAACCAGAUCCUAUAAAUGACGGAUCCUCGUCAGACUCAGAGUGUGGCAUAAGUACAAGAAACGAUCCAAAUUCUCCAAUAGUUCCCCUGAUUGUCAAAGGGGAGACAUUCGAGCGUGGAGAAUGGCCGUGGUUGGUCGCUAUCUUCAGACGUAAAUUCAGUUCGCUAAGCUACAUCUGCGCGGGCACUCUAGUAUCAGAUAGACACGUGAUUACUGCCGCUCAUUGCAUGCAACGUAAAAGUACCUACACGGCCAUAAAAAACCUGGUGGUGAGAGCCGGAGUGUUUAACCUGGAAGAUUGGACUGAUGACGACAUCACUGUGAACAGGGGUCUUGCUUCGGCAGCUAUACAUGAUGCUUAUAACGCAUCUACCCUUGCAAACGACAUCCUGGUAAUGACUUUAACCAAGGGUGUUCCAUUUAGCAUGCAUAUAAAACCAGCUUGUCUCUGGAGUGGAAAUACAAAUCUUAAGAUGAUAGUUGGAAAAUCAGGAGUUGUGGCGGGAUGGGGUGCCAACGAAAUGGGCCCAGGUGGUAAAGGCGAGCCGCGCAUGGUAGAAAUGCCUAUAGUCAGCACUGAAACAUGCAGAUCCAGUAAAGCAGAAUUCCACAAGCUGACUUCAUCGAGAACGCUGUGUGCAGGUGAUCAUAGUGGUGCUGGACCCUGCUUAGGCGAUUCCGGCGGUGGUCUUUACAUACUAGAUAAUGGACGCUGGAGAAUCCGCGGCGUUGUUUCAUUAUCACUCUGGGCUGAAGGCGAUGCCAGUUGCAACCUCGAUGAUUACAUAGUGUUCACUGAUACAGCUCAAUAUUUGCCGUGGAUAAAAAAUGUUAUGAGUAAUAAUAUUCGAUGAUUAUAGUUGUUAAGAUAAAGAUUGUUUUGAAUUAUUUA